AUGCCUCCACCGACCGCUGCCGAACCGGUGCUAAAAGCAGACUCCAAAGAUGCUACCACCUCAGGAUGUGACGACGCAGACAUCCAACAAACAACUACUCGGGAGUUCUCAAUCGCUGAAGCGGCGAUAUAUCGUGUGUACCGCCGGCGAUGGGUGGGACUGGCCACAUUGAUGCUGAUGAACAUCAUGAUAAGUUGGGGGGUGGUAAUAUACACACUUCGACACCUUGGGGUUCGGGCAGCAUUGCUUUUCGCUGCUGGUUUCAGUAUAACCGGCGUCUGGCUACGCUUUAUUGGGGCAAGAGUUGGCAGUUCGCAUGGAGGCCAUUUCCCCGUCGUUAUGGUUGGGCAGAUACUUAUUGGCUUUGGACAACCAUUCGUGCUCAGUGCUCCCGCAUACUAUAGUGACCUUUGGUUCACCUCGAAACAGCGAAUUACUGCCAAUGCGCUUAUCUCCCUAAGCAACCCUUUGGGAGCUGCUUUGGGACAAUUGAUUGACCCAUUUCUUGUUUCUCGACCUGGGGACAUCCCAAACAUGCUUCUUUAUAUCGCUAUCAUAACUACUGUGGUGACAGCACCGGUUUUCUUCGUCCAAGGGAAACCCCCGACACCCCCAUGCCCUUCUUCGGCCCAAGAAAAACUACCCUUCAGAUCCGCUUUCCCAAAGAUACUACAGUCCGUCGAAUUUUGGCUGAUAUUUAUCAUGUUCUCUAUCCUUGUGGGAUUCUUUAAUGCGAGUAGCUCAUUAUUAAAUCAGAUCCUGGAACCAUAUGGCUAUUCCGAGAACGAAGCCGGCAUUGGUGGGGCUGUCCUCAUAGUUGUCGGUUUAUUAGCGUCGGCGGUGGUAUCUCCCAUCAUCGAUCGAACACACACAUUUCUCCUAGCAAUUCGAAUUCUAGUUCCGAUUAUUUCAAUAUGUUAUAUUGCUCUUAUCUUCGCACCAACCAGCAGGUCGUUAGCGCCACCUUAUAUCGUUCUAGCAUUCCUAGGAGCUGCUUCAUUCUCGCUACUACCGCUCUCCCUUGAAUUCGUCGUUGAGAUAACCCACCCGGUCUCCCCGGAAAUUACAUCAACAAUACUAUGGUCGGGAGGCCAGCUGCUCGGGGCAGCUUUCAUCCUUUCUAUGACUGCAUUGACUGAUAACGAGACUGGGAGCAUGAAAAGGGCACUGGUUUUUCAAGCAAUAAUAUCAUGCUUUGCGGCUAUCGCCGCCUUGGCAAUUGGAUGGGGGAAAAGGGAGGUCCAUGUUCUGGCUCGAAGAAUUGCAUUGGAUACAAACGAAGGAAUGUAG